UUGUUCAUUAAAUUAAAUCAGUUAUCCGUUAUUAAGUAUUAAUAAUUAAUAUUAAUAAUUUUUCUGAUGAUGGAUCAACAAGAAAUAAUCACAAACCGUUGUACCUAUGAUGAAGCUUGUUUUUUGUCUAAAAUAUUUUUCUGGUGGACAUCAAGUAUACUGAGAAUUGGAUUAAAACGUGAACCAACCAAAGACGAUCUUUACAAAUGUCCUGCUGAAGAUGAAUCUGCUAAAACUACACGAGACUUUGAAAGGAACUGGGGGCAAGAGAUAAAAGACUCUAAAGCAACUAAUAAACCACCAAGCUUGCUUAAGGCAAUCAUCAAAACCUAUGGAUUAACAACAGUAUUCAAUAGUUUUCUAUUGGCGUUUGAUGAUUCUUUGAAUUUGGUACAAACUUUUCUCCUUGGAUUAAUUGUUCGUUACUAUUCAAAUAAUAACUAUACAAAUGUGACCUGGAGAGAGUGUUUAUUUUAUUCGAUUGGAUUGACUGUAACUCUUUUCUUUUUUGGUUUUAUUCGGCAUCAAAUUUUUCUUUCAACUUCAAGACAAGGUCUUCGAAUACGAACUACGCUCACUGCAGUAGUUUAUAAGAAGUUAUUGACAAUGAGUCGAGCAGCAACAACGAAAACUGAUAUUGGUUAUAUUUUGAACAUUAUAUCCAACGAUCUUUCAAGAUUUGAUGAUUUGAUGUUCAGCAUAAUGUAUAUUGUGAUUGCACCGUUGAUAUCGAUUGCAGCUUUAGCCUACUUGAUUAGUGUUCUUGGAAUUGCAAGUUUGGGAUUACUUAUUGUCCUCAUAGUUCUGAUACCGUAUCAAGGGAUUUGUGGAAAAUAUUUCGAUAAAUUCAGAGUUGAAACAGCUCUUCUCACUGAUAAGAGAAUUAAAUCAAUGGAAGAAAUGAUUUCGUCUAUUAAGAUUGUCAAAAUGUUCACGUGGGAACAAUCGUUUGCUGAUGUUAUUUCAGAGAUUAGAAAAAAAGAAAUGGGUAAAGUUCGUAAUUCAGCAGUUCUUAGAUUGAUGAAUUUGAUGGCUCAUGCAUCAGCUACAAGGAUCAUGGUUUUCGCGUGUCUAAUAAUUCAUGUACUUCUUGGCCGACCAUUGACUCCGGAAUUGGCAUUUAUAACAUUAUCUUUAUGUAAUGGGCUCAAGGCCCCGGUUACAUUUCAUAUUGGCAAUGCAAUCGGACUGCUUGUGGAAACUUUAGUCUCUAUAAGAAGAACCCAGGAAUUUCUUCUAGUGGAUAGUCAAAAAGCAUUGAGUCCACCAUCAAGUGAUGAUGACCAUGCGAAAGGUGCAAUUGUGCUCGAUAAAUAUGGAGGUAAAUGGGAUAAAAACUUGAAAAUUGACCAUUUGAAAGAUGUUUCAUUGAAAUUGGAACCUGGUGAAUUAUUACUGGUCAUUGGUACUGUUGGUUCGUCAAAAACAUGCUUAAUGAUGGCUCUUCUUGAUGAGAUUGUAACCGUAUCAGGAUCGUGUAUUGUUUCUGGAAAAAAGUCUUAUUCACCUCAAGAACCGUGGACAUUUGCCGGGACUAUAAGACAGAACAUUUUAUUUGGUCGUGAUUAUAAUGAGAAAAGAUAUCGAAAAGUAAUUGACGUUUGUUCAUUGAGAAAAGACCUAAAAUCAUUUCCAUAUGGAGACAAUACUUGGGUUGGAGAGAAAGGUUAUACUCUUAGUGGUGGUCAGAAAGCAAGAGUCACUCUCGCAAGAGCAGUUUAUGAAGAUGCCGAUGUCUAUCUUCUUGAUGAUCCAUUAAGUGCCGUUGAUCCUGGAGUAGCUGAACAUCUUUUCGAUAAAUGCAUCAAUGGUUAUCUCAAAGAAAAAACAAGAGUAUUGAUUACUCAUCAAUUACAAUUCUUAAAGCGAGCAGAUAAAAUUCUCAUCAUGAAUGAAGGUCAAGCAUUGGCUUUUGGUACAUUCAAGGAGUUGAAUAAUAUUGGAAUAGAUUUCAUCAAAUUUCUUAAAGAAUCGAAUGAAAUUGAAACGAAUAAUCAGAAAUCAGAGGAAAUGUUAUCGAUUGAUGAACUUUAUGGAUUACCAGCACCAUCACGAUUAACCAAAACACAAUCGAAAACAUUGACACAAGUUAAUUCUUUACAAUUUAUGGAUCCAUUAGAUGAAAUUUCGAUCAUUGAGAAACAAAUGGAACAACGUGAAGAAAAAAUUUCAUUUGGUUCUCUUAAAGGUCGAGUUUAUUUGGAUUAUCUUUUAGCUGGUGGAAACUUAAUAUUCAUCAGUAUUUUCCUAAUAACAUCAUUCGCAUCUCAAGGAAUCAUAAAUUAUGUCGAUCUUUGGUUAUCUAAUUGGUCAGAUGAGUCGCUUUUAUUAUCACAAUCAUUUAAUGAAACUUUGGAUGGAAUGAGUUUCAAAGAAUAUUCCAAACCUUUUGUUACACGAAAUGGUUUAAUCUAUUUGGGAUUAAUUAUAUUGUUAUUAAUUGGAGUUUUAAUUAGACUUGGAAUGAACUAUCGAAUUUGUCUGAAAGCUUCUGAAACUUUACACAAUAGAAUAUUCAGUAAAUUGUUACGAACACCAUUAAGUUUCUUUGAAAAUAAUCCUGUGGGUCGGAUAUUAAACAGGUUCACUCGUGAUAUUGGUCUUAUCGAUGUGACUAUUGCAAAUAGUUUUGUCUCGAUAAAUGUUGAUUUAUUGCAAAUUUUUGGCCUUAUUUUUAUAACUGCAAGUGUUUUGCCUGUUAUCGUUAUCCCCAAUAUUGUUGUUUUCAGUGUUGGAUGGUUUGUGAGGCAGAUCUACCUAAGGCUGGCUCGAUUCAUUUCGAGAGUCGAAGCUCAAACGAGAUCCCCACUUUACAACCAAAUCGCAACAACAUACGAAGGCCUUACUACCAUAAGAGUAUGGCAAUAUGAAUCGAAAUACACUGACCAAUUCUAUCGAUACUUGAAUGACAACAAUGCCUGCAAGUUCAUUGCAUUCAGUUUGAGUCGUUCUAUUGGAAUGAUUCUUGACUUCAUCAUGCUUGCACUAUUGGCUGUAAUAUUGAUAGCAGUAUUAUCAUUUCCUGAAAGGUUUGGAGGAGGUCAAGUAGGUCUAAUAAUAUCGACGAUGCUAUCUGUUUUUGGUGCACUACAAUAUGGUGUCAAAACGACCGCUGAGCUUGAAACUAAUAUGAUAGCAGUCGAAAGAGUCCUCGAGUAUGGUGAUUUACCUUCUGAACCUUCAUGGAAAACUAACAAGUCUAACUUGUUACCUUCAAUAUGGCCUGAUGUUGGAAACAUUAAGUUCGAUAGCGUUUACUUUACUUAUCCAGGAUCAGUUAAUCCAGUUUUGAAAAAUUUAACUUUCGAUAUUAAAGGAGGAGAAAAGAUUGGUAUUGUUGGUCGAACUGGUGCUGGAAAAAGUUCAUUAAUAUCAGUGUUGUUUAGAUUGUCAGAGUUUCAAGGAAAUGUUCUAAUCGACAAUAUUGACAUUCAACAACUUGGUUUACAUGAUUUACGAAAGAAAAUAUCCAUACCACAAGAUCCACUUCUUUUUACUGGAACAAUUCGUAGUAAUCUUGAUCCAUUAAGUGAACAAUCAGAUGAAUCCAUUUGGUCAACCCUUAAAGCCGUAAAUCUUUCACGGACAAUCGAGUCUAUGCCUGGUGGAUUAGAUGCAAUAGUAACUCAAGGUGGAUCUAAUUUAAGUUUAGGACAACGACAAUUACUUUGUCUUAUUCGAGCUCUUUUACAACGGAAUCGCAUAAUGAUAUUGGACGAAGCUACUGCAAAUAUGGACCAUCAAACUGAUUCACUGAUUCAGGAAACAAUUAGAAAAGAGUUUAAAGACUGUACUGUCCUAACUGUAGCUCAUCGACUAAAUACAAUAAUCGACAUGGACAAGAUCAUCUUAUUGGACGCUGGUCAAUUGAUUGAAUAUGGAGAACCAUAUUUACUCUUGAAAGAUGAAAAUAGUCACUUUAAAUCAUUAGUUUCUAAAACUGGCCCUUCAUAUGCUAAAAUGUUAUUUACUAUUGCUGAGAAAUCUUAUCUAAUGAAACAUCCAUCACAAUCUGAUGAAGAACUGAAAUCUUAAUUGAUUAACCUUAAAUCACAAGUGUAAAGAAUUUUCAACAUAACUUGACAGUAAUUAAUAUCAAUUAAAAAGAUAUCAAAGAGCACAAA